AUCAAGCUAAACAAUAUUCCCCCUUACUUGAAAGGUGUAAUUAAGCACCAUCAAAUAAUGGCUUCUCCUAGAGACCCGACUAACUGCGACAUUGUCAUUGCACAUGAGAUUGAUCAUGAACUAAGAUUGGAAAGGGGAAAUGAAAAGGAGAAACCAAAGGUUAGGUUUAACGUCAGUUGCGAUGAGGAGAAGAAGAAGAUGGGAGUAUGGAAAUCUGGCAUGCUCUUGCUGGCCAAUCAAGGCCUUGCCACAUUGGCGUUUUUCGGGGUUGGGGUGAAUUUAGUCAUGUUCUUAACAAGAGUUCUUGGUCAGGGAAACGCAACAGCAGCCAACAACGUUAGCAAGUGGACUGGAACCGUCUAUUUGUUCUCCCUCGUCGGAGCUUUCCUUAGCGAUUCUUAUUGGGGCCGUUACUUGACAUGCACCAUAUUUCAGCUCAUUCUUAUAGCGGGCUUGGUUAUGUUAUCCCUUACAUCAUGGCUUCUAUUGAUCAAACCCGAUGGAUGUGGUGACCGCGAGCUUCUUUGUGAGCCCACUUCCGCAGUUGGUGUGACCAUGUUCUAUUUAGCCAUCUAUUUGGUGGCAUUCGGUUACGGUGGCCAUCAACCCACGUUGGCAACAUUUGGAGCCGAUCUUUUCGACGAGUCAAAACCAAAAGAUAAAAAUUCCAAAGCAACGUUCUUUUGUUACUUCUACUUUGCACUAAACGUUGGUUCCCUCUUCUCCAACACCGUCUUGGUUUAUUAUGAGGAUACCGGAGGGUGGACAAUCGGGUUCUGGGCUUCAACUGGUGCAGCGGUUAUAGGCCUCGUCUUGUUCUUAUCUGGCUCGAAAGGGUACUGUUACAUUAAACCGUGUGGGAAUCCUCUGCCCCGUGUGGCUCAGGUUUUCGUUGCUUCGGCUAGGAAAUGGCGAAUGGUUCCGGCCAAAGAAGGAGAUUUGUAUGAGGUUGAAGGACUAGAAUCUGCAAUCAAGGGUAGUAGGAAAAUUCUACACAGCAAUGAAUUUCAGUGUUUGGACAAGGCAGCCACAUUAACAGAGGAAGAUCUCCAUGGACCAGUGAACAGGUGGAGAUUAUGUACAGUUACUCAAGUUGAAGAAGCCAAAUGCAUCAUAAGAAUGCUUCCCAUUUGGCUAUGCACAAUCAUAUACUCUGUUAUUUUCACACAAAUGGCUUCCCUCUUCGUAGAGCAAGGAGCGGUUAUGAACUCCUACAUCGGGAGCUUCCAUAUUCCGGCUGCGAGCAUGUCAGUUUUCGACAUUUGUAGCGUUCUUAUAUUUACAGGCAUCUACGAACAAAUCCUGGUGCCAAUAACAAGUCGAUUGAGCGGACAUUCGAAAGGCCUAACCGAGCUUCAAAGAAUGGGGAUAGGACUCAUUAUCGGUAUGCUAGCCAUGGUGGCAGCCGGGCUAACUGAAGUGGCGAGGCUUAAACGGGUAGUUCAUGAAGAUCGGGCUAGUUCGUUGAGUAUAAUUUGGCAAGUCCCACAAUACGUUCUAGUUGGUGCGUCUGAGGUUUUCAUGUAUAUCGGGCAGCUAGAGUUCUUUAACGGGCAGGCACCGGACGGGAUUAAGAGCUUCGGGAGCUCUCUUUGUAUGGCAUCAAUAUCUCUAGGGAAUUACUCGAGUAGCAUAAUGGUUAACAUGGUAAUGGCGAUCACGACAAAGGGAAAUCACCCCGGAUGGAUACCCGAGAAUCUAAAUGAUGGUCAUAUUGACCGGUUUUACUUCCUUAUCGCGAUCAUGGCUAUAGUUGAUCUCGGGUUCUAUGUAUUUUGUGCUAGAUGGUACAAGUGUGUGAACUUGGAGGAAAACGUGAAAUUCAUCGCAAAAGAAGAAGAGGCUGCCCCAAACAAAGGGUGAUUGAUCAUUGAUGUAUCAUAUUUAAUUUGUCCUUAUGUUUUUGUUUCUAGGAUGACAGUUUCUUGCCCUCUAUUGUGUUGUACCUGUUUUUUAAGAAGACCAUUCCAUAAUAAACGAUGCCCUUUUGGUGAGGGCUUGACAAGAUUGUCCAUUA